UAGUUCCCAUUCACUCAAUUCACUUCAUUGCUGUCAAAUUUGCGAACGCGUUAUGCGCGUCGGUCCGCACUCGAUUAAUUAAUUAUCUUAUAAGCAUAAAAGAAAAUACAAACCAGCGUCUUGUUUUCAUUUUUAUUUGAAUUUUAUUUUCAUGUGUAAGUUUGAAGCUGCGUGAAUUCCGAAUUUGGUGUUAAAACAUUGUGUGAGGUAGUGAUUCUGCAGUGUGAUCGGGGAUUGUUUUCAUUGUGAAGAGUUGAAGUCUUAUUGGAUAUCAUGCCGACGAGUGCGGUGUACCAACCAACGACGGUGACGUACGAGCAGCAGCCUAACGACCAGCGAUGGAACUGCCCGAUCAGCUACUUCUCACGACGGGUGACAAGUAGCCUGAAUAGGGCAGUUUGUGUGCGCCUUGGACUGUGUUUGCUGGGGAGCACGCUUUUCAUUAUUGGACUGGCGCUGGUGAUAGCGGGCGGUGUGCAGUACUCCAACACGCCAGCGUCGGCGACGCCGGACGUCGACAGCGGUGUUGGCACGCUCAUCGCGGGCGGCGUUAUCUUGUGCCUCGGCCUACUCUUCGCCGGUGUCGGCGGCUGGGCCUGGUCAGCAAGAUGGGGCGGCGGCAAGGAGAUGCCAUCAAGCGGUGCAGCCGGACUGACCGCUCUGAACCCGUCCACCGACCCGCUGGUCGCCGAGCAGUACGCGCCCGUGCGCGACGCGCCGCCCGCGCCCGACGACGAGAUGCGCAACCUCAUGGACAACAAGGACUGCCUAAGCAGCGCGGAGGAGAGCGACAAAAUGUUGGACGGGCGCCCUUCUAUCGCGUAAAGCCACGCCUCCGCACCCGCCGAAGCGACCCUGCGACUCUUAGGGCGCUCUGAGAUACAAUUUAGCCCCCUUACAUAAAAUCGAGUGGUAUUAUUGAUACAUUAUAUUUAGACUUACUUGAUGUAAGCUACAUUAGAUUCAUAAGAAAAUUAUUUUACAAAGGUGACGAAUGAGUAACAAUAUCGUAGAAUAGUGUUUCUAGUAAUGCCACUCGAGAAAUUGUGACCAUGGCAUGAUGUGCAUUUCGAGGUACAAAGUGUUGAUUGAUUACCCAACAGAGAUAAAAUGUCAAAUGUGUGCUUGUUUGUGUGAUAGUAUUUUUUUAAGCACUUGCGUUUGUACUAUUCACUACCAAGAUAUGGUAAGUACAGUCGACGUCAAAGAUAUGUUUAGAUUUUUUGCCUAAUUACAAAGGAUGAAUUUAGAUGCAAAAGUGUAAACAUCUAUUUGACGUCGACUGUCCUAGAAAUCAGUUAACAACGAUGUACAAUGGUACAAACGUUGAUAGUUUCGAAUCCCAUGAUGGGCUAGAUUUUUAGAAUCAAUAAAUUUAGCCAGUCCAAGUGUUGUGCCGAAGGCAAAUUUAUAAUUAUAAUCGUAUCUCAAAAAUUCGCCUUCAGAUUACUUCUAUGCAUUUAAUUAAUCAAGUUGUAAGUAAUUACUGUAAGCGAAAUUACUUAGUCGAAACACGUUUGGUGAGGAUUGUCUUAAUUAAUACGAGUAAUUAGUGAAAGACAAGUGGCCAAAUUUACGUCCAGAGUAAUGUAUAGAUAUAGACAUCUAUAUUUACUACCUAUUUAUUGUAUCUUAGAAAGACAUUGUCUUGAAAUUAUCUGCUUAUUUUUAAUUGCAACUUAUCAAAAUAAAAUAUGUAUCUCAAAGUAUUAAACGACUUUAAAAAUUAAUUUUAUAUCUCAUACGAAAUGAAUAACUAAGAGCGUGUUCAUCAAGCUGUUCAAUAUUUAUAGAUCUAUAAUUAUUUAUAUUUUUUUUUUCGUUUAAUUUGUCGUCUCGAAUAUUGAAAUGAUUUGUGUUAAGUUAGGGCCGUCCUGUGUAGAUGUAAGCGCUAAUUGCUGGUUAAACAUGGUCGUGUUUAGAGGUUGUUUUGUGUUGUAUAGGAGUUAGUUUAAUUUAUAUGAAACUGAUAUUAUGUUAAGCUCUCUUGAAAAUCAUUCAAUAGUUUUUGAAUAUUUAGACAUAAAGAAACUAAUGUACAAGUAUAACUUCAGAAACAGUUGCAAUUUUUAUAAAUCGUGUAAAUAUAUGUGGAGAAAUAAUUAUAGAAAGAUUACUUAUGUAAAAUGUAAGUUCACACUUAACUCUAUGUACUUGUUUAACUGUACUAUAAUUCACUUACUGCAGUGAAUUAUGUUGAAUAUAUUUGGACAUUUUUAUUUACAAUAAAUAUGUACCUAUCUAAAGUACCUACAUAUUUUUUUUUUUUUUGCAUGUACUUAAUUUUGAUGAUUUUAUAGAUGUUCACUGAUGAUACUUGAAUAUAUCUCAUAUUCUUAAUUA